AUGUUUUCAUGGACUGGGAGACAUGUAAAGUUCGGUCGAAGCAUGUCAGUUAUCAUUUCCGCCGGUGAAAUUUUCCAGGAAAAAUACGAUUUUUCCUGCUACAGCACCAAACGAUGGGGUUCUCCGAUGAAGGAAGAUGCUUGGAGAGAACCCUUAACGAUGAGUGGGUGCAUCUGCAAAAUCCAAACCAGGAAUGUGAUCAGCUCUGACGAUUUUCGCGGUCUAAAAGAUUCUCCAAAGACUACUGUCAGUGGGCGGGCCAGAGGGUCGCAGAAUGGUUCGAACAAAAGAGAUCACAGUCAAAUCAGUGACAGCCAGCUGGAAGAAGACCACCUAUUCCAAGAACGAGCCUAUGAGCGUGAAAAAAUGAGGGACGAAGAAUUACUGUCUUACAAAGAUUGGCAUCGCACGAAUAAAGCAGCCGACUCCGAGAGAAUGCGCCGACAAAGAAAACUAAGCGUGAACAAGAUGAGCAGAAAGCGAUGGAAGCGGCUCGUUGCUUUGCAGAACCGAUUCGACGAAAGGCGCCAUUACCAAAGAAAUUAG